CUGCUGGGAACUCCUGCCUUGCCCAAAAGCUGCUCRGCAAAUUCCUUUCUGCUGCCUCUGCCAUGCAAAUUGACCGUAAGCUUAGAUACUGUUCUUGAAGCAUGGAUCAUCCGGUGGAUGAACCUUGAACUUCUGGAUCAGAAACUGGGAUUUCCCUCUGUUUUUCAUGAAGGAUGGCAACACCAUAUGUUCCUGUUCCUAUUCCUAUUGGGAGUUCAUCUUCCAGCUUUACAGACAGAAACCAAAGAAGUUCUUCAUUUGGGAGCAUCUCAACAAGCUCGAGCUCCUCCAAAGGGCAGCUGGAGGACUCGGCUGUGGGUAGUUUUAAGAAGAUGAGCGUGCCUGACCAGACUGGCUCUACGUCAUCUGUGUGCAGUAGCCCGCUCGUUAGGACUAAGUUCACAGGUGUGGACACAUCCAUAGAAUACUGCUCACAGCCCGUAGAAGACACAGAGCAGAACACAGAUUCCAGGAGCUGGGAAGAUCGACCGUCCACGCCUACUAUCCUGGGUUACGAGGUGAUGGAGGAAAGGGCAAAAUUCACUGUGUACAAAAUACUAGUAAAAAGAAGUCCAGAGGAAAGUUGGGUGGUUUUCAGGCGGUACACUGACUUUUCCAGGCUUAAUGACAAGCUAAAAGAUAUGUUUCCAGGCUUUCGAUUGGCCCUGCCACCAAAGCGCUGGUUCAAGGAUAAUUAUAAUCCUGACUUCUUGGAAGAUCGACAGCUGGGACUACAAGCUUUCCUCCAAAACCUAGUAGCUCAUAAAGAUAUUGCUAACUGCAUUGCAGUGAGAGAAUUUCUUUGUCUGGAUGAUCCUCCGGGUCCUUUCGAUAGUCUAGAAGAGAGCAGGGCUUUCUGUGAAACUUUGGAGGAAACAAAUUACCGUCUACAGAAAGAACUGCUUGAAAAACAAAGGGAGGUUGAGUCACUGAAGAAAUUGUUAAGUGAAAAACAACUUCACAUAGAUGCUAUUGAAAGAAGAAUUAGGGAUUUAUCUUUAGGAAAAAUGACUCGUCAAAUGUCAGGAGAAGAGAGUGAGUGCAGUGGUGAGGUGGAGUCUUCUGCAGUAGAAGCAGACCAGGGUACCCUGGGUGAGGACAGCUGCUCGGAGCGAGAGGGCCACGAGCGCGACAUGGCCGCCGCAGGGAUGGGCCACGAGCGCGACAUGGCYGCCGCAGGGAUGGGAGCCACGGCGGCGGCACCUCCAGCCCCACAAGGAGACUAGAGUGGUGGGAGCGGCGCGAGGGACAGGCCCCGUGAAGAACUCACAGCAAAGAGCGAGGGCGCAUGCAGUGAAUGUUUACAUAUAAAUCCCUACGAACUGUUGACGUCGGAAAGAUACUCAGUGCUGCUUUGAAUUCAGUUUUUAUCUAGCCUUUAUAUAUUUAAUAUGUUUGGGUCUAAUAAGGGCUAAAACGAGCUGAAAUUUGGUUAGUGUGCGUAUGCUGUGUGGCUGGCUUUUCUAGUGGAGUGAUAAGAACUUCAUGUUGCGUCAGCAGGCGUGUUUAACUGGCGCGUCAGAUGUUGCCGCUGAUGYGACACGUUGGAUGUGUUCAUCCGGUAUUUGUGUUUUCAAGUUCUUAUAGCCAUAAAUUAAUGCUUGUUGAAGUAAAAAUGGACUUGUCUUACAUUUAAUAAGAGUAUAGAAUUUGUUUUUAAAUGCUAAAAAUGAAGAUUAUUUCUCUGGAAGUUUUAAUGCAAUGCAAUAGGAAAACUUACAGYACCAAGAGAAAAGUACUUACAGAAUGGGAAUAUAGUUGGACAUUUUAAACAAAAUCUGGUCAUUUUUGCUGAAGGAACGAAAGAGACCCCCCCCCCCCAAACCACUGUGUAUUCACAUCCCAAGAGAGCAUGCAUGCUGUAAUGCUUUGUUUAAUUUGGUAAUGCUACUUUUAAAUCUGGGAUACCUUCACUAUAUGCCCACGGAACGAUGUGUCAGUGAGUUUGCCUUUUACCUGGAACACUACCUCUUGCCAUCUUGCAAAUGCAUUCAUGCCUUGUUUGAAAUACUCUAAAUGACAUGGAGAUAAUUGAAAGACUUGUAAAGAAGCCAUAUUUUUUGUUUCUGCACAGCUCUUAACUAGAUUGAAUCUAGUUGCAAUGUAUUUUUGUUUCAAUGUGUUGUACACAUGGGGAUAUUGCUGCAUAUGUUCUAUAGCCUAUUUUUCAAAUUGUAUUAAGACAGGAGAUGCACUUUAUUAUAAUUAUGACUCCAUUGUGCCAAGUUCAGUUGGCUAAUUGGUUGAGAAAGGGGAGUUGCAGGGAGAGGAUUAUGUAGUGCCUUUUUGUAUGUUACUUGUUCAUUACUGCAGAGUUUUGUUACAGUGCUCUGGGUCAGCUUUGUGGAAUCUCUGACAGCUUGUCUCUAUUCUUCACUUAUUUACUGAAAGUGCCUUGUUUUAUUCUGCUUUUCCAAUAGGAAGAAUGUUGUUUCUGUUUUAACCUUUUUGUCUUUUUUUUUUUUCUUCCCUGUGCCACCCACAUCUUUGUUUAAUGUUGUUAAUAUGCAGUGUCUUUGUGCUGGAGUUUUCAAAGGGAACUUUGUACUUCAGGCUGUGCAUACAAUGACCUUUAUGCAGAACUGUAUAAGCCUUCCUGAUGAAAUAAAACUAUGGACGAAACA